UAUUCCGUCGUUAGGGAAAGCUUCCAGUAACCAAGAAUCGCGUAAACACCGUGUUCCUGAUACUUAAAAUCUCCGAGUUUGACGUCAAUCGCGUGUAAUAGUUCUCAGAGACGCAAGAAAGAUUCCUUCUAUCGCGAAAAGUCCCGUGCUCACUGGCUAGGCAACAAUCUUUCCCCGUUUAUAAAAAUCAACAUUUCCUCGCGAAUUAUACAAUUCCGUCGGUUCACGAUACUUUCAUCCACGAAACGGGCAAUUUAGACGGUACGCGAAAAGAUUCCACGAAGAAAGUUUGCAAAACGACGAUUCGAAUGUUCGAAUUUCCCGCCAAGCGACGUCAGCCAGUCUGACCACUAUCAAGCGACCAGACGGUCGAUAACAAUCAGUGUUCUCGCAGCAGCUGCCAAUAUUUCAUCUCGUCGUUCCGCGUGACUCGCUCUGUGAUCCAUAGAUCGCUCGAUCACGCGACCAUAUUCCUGAUAUUACGAACGCAACAGUAUCACCGAUCGACACUUUACACUGAAUAGGAAUAUAAUUCGACGACGAACUGACAAUCAGAAAUUAGACGUCAAGACUGGGACGCCUGAAAUUCGUUGUUCAAAGUUACGCAAUAUUACCAAUCGGACAGGUCUACGAAACCAUCGACCUGGUGGGAAAUUCAAACGGUCCUUCGACCAAUUCGCUUCAUACUGACUGAAAAAAGACAUCAAGAAAAGAUUUUUAAUAGAACAAGUGGAAUAUCUUGGGAGAUCUUGGCGGGAAAUUCAAACGAUUCUUAGUCCAAUUAACAUCGAACAGAAGAAGAUAUCAAGUACAAGAUUCUUGACAGAAAAAUCGAAAUCUAUUAAAAAAAAUCUUGCCAGGAAAUUCAAACGGUGCUUACACCGAUUCACCUCAAACAGAAGAAGUUAUCGAAACAAGAUUCUCAACAGAAAAAUUGGAAUCUAAUAAAUCUGGGCAGUAAAUUGAAACUGUGUUUACUCCAAUUCCAACAGACACUAAAAAAGACGUCAAGACGAGCAUUCCCGAUAAAACAAUCGUGUAAACGAGGACCACCAUAAAGAUCCACGAUCUCGAGUCGUUGGUUCGACGCAGAAGGAAAAAAAAAAAAAGAAGAACGAAAACAUAUGGUUACACGUUAUUCGCGAUAACGAGUUCGAUAACGGGCCGAUAACCUGGCUUAAUCCUCCCUCUCUCUUGCGGCGUAUCGUUGCGGCAACGGUAGAUCGCGCUGGAUGGUCCAGAAUCGAGGCGACGAGUUCAUCGCGAUAGGGGAUCAGGGUGAGUAGGAUCGUGGUGAUAUAAUAUUUGAGAUCCAGGGUUUGCUCCAUGGCCAGACGUCUUUUGACCGCGACCAAGCUCGUGUCGAGAUCAUCGAUCGGAGUCGGAACGAUCCAUAGAACGAUGGCUUCGUGUGGUACCAGCCAGGUGGUCCCCAAGGAGGAGGUGGUUAGGUUCGUACGAGAAUGCUUGCGCAAGGCUGGGACCAGCGAAAAGGAUGGCCAAACGGUCGGCCAUCAUCUGAUGACCGCUGACUAUAGCGGCCACUUUAGCCACGGGAUGAACAGGCUCAGGAUGUACGUGCAGGAUCUGGAGACCAAGAUCACCGAUGCUCACGCGAAACCACGGAUCGUCAACGAUUUUCAGGCGGUAGCGUUGGUCACCGGGGACAACGGUCUCGGCCACGUGGUGGGCAAGUUCUGCAUGGAACUGGCGAUCGAGAAGGCGAAGAAGUUCGGUAUAGGGAUGGUCACGGCUAGAUCCUCGAACCACUACGGAAUCUGCGGCUACUACACUCGAAUGGCGAUGGACCAGGGCCUGAUUGGGUUCACCUGUACGAACACCAGCCCGAUGAUGGCUGCGACACGCAGUAAAGGAAAGGGAUUGGGCACCAAUCCUCUGUCUUUGGGGAUGACUGCUUCGGACGGGGAUCGUUUCCACUUGGACAUGGCUACCACAGCUGUGGCCCUGGGCAAGAUCGAGCUGGCGAUCACAAAAAAGGAGCCAAUUCCACCUGGAUGGGCGAUGGGCAGCGAUGGAAAGGUCACCACCGAUUCUGAAGACGCGUACAAGACCAGUCUAUUGAUGCCUCUAGGCGGAGAGGAGCAAACUUCCGGUUACAAAGGAUUCGGCCUGGCCUUGAUGGUUGAAGUACUCUGCGGUAUUCUAUCCGGAGGCCAGUUUGGACCUAAUGUCAGACAAUGGAAGGACAAGAAGAGGGUCGCUGAUCUUGGACAAUGCUUCAUGGCCAUUAAUCCAGAAGCUUUUGGACCUGGCUCGCAGGAGAGACUGUCCAUUUUGUUGAAACAAUUGAGAAGCUUGCCUCCGGCGACGGAUAAACCGAUCCUGGUCGCUGGGGACCCGGAGAGGGCUGCGAUGGAACGGGUGGACGAAAACGGAGGGAUUUCUUAUCAUCCUAAUCAGCUGAAGGAUGCCGAAGAAUUCGCGGAACAGAUGGGCGUCGAGCCUAUGAAAGUCGUCCCUGCGAAGAUCCACUAG